GAGAAAGGAAAAUACAUAAUAGGAGACGCGGAAGUAGCAGCAUGGAGACCCAACAUGGAAAUUAGGAAUCCUCUUGUUAACGGUUUGGUACAAGACUGGGACGCGCUGGAAAAAAUUUGGGAUCAUGCACUGCUUAAGAGACUGCAAGUUGAUCCAACGGAACAUCCACUGUUCGUAACAGAAGCAGCUUGGAACACCAGGGAAAUUAGAGAGAAACUUACUGAAAUCGCGUUUGAGAAAUACCAAGUGUUAGCUUUUUAUGUAGCAAAGAAUCCGGUGCUCUCAGCAUUUGCAACAGGACGUCCAACUGCCGUUGUUCUAGAUUGUGGUGCUAGCACUACGAGCUGUGUUCCAGUAGUUGAUGGAUACGUUCUUAAAAAAUGA